GCCAGCAGCUGCCGCUAGCUCGGGCCCGCGGCCCCUCCGCCUCAAGUCUGGGAGCUCCCGGCCUCACCCUGCCGCUGCCUAUGGGGAUCCGAGAGUUUCCCGGCGGCGCACCCAGGGGCAAAGGCAUCGCCAUUGGCAUGAGGAAGUCACCGGACGUCAGCCCUCGGAGACUGUCCGACAUCAGCCCCCAGCUCAGGCAGCUCAAGUACUUGGUGGUAGACGAGGCGAUCAAGGAGGACUUGAAAUGGUCGCGUUCGGUGGAGGACCUCACCAGCGGGCCGGUGGGACUCACCUCCAUUGAGGAGCGGAUCCUGCGCAUCACAGGCUACUAUGGCUAUCAGCCCUGGGCAGCGAGCUACAAAAGGGAGGAGCGUCCCCGGGAGCCCCUGGGCCCUGCGGAGGCCCAGGCGCCGGGCGGGGCAGAGGCCGGAGGGAGGACCAGCCGCCGCCGCUGGACGUGCUCAAGGGCGCAGUUGCACAAGACGUUCUGGGGCGUGGCCGUGGUGCUGUGCGUGUGCGCCUCCUGGGCUGGCUCCACGCAGCUCGCCAAGCUUACCUUCGCCAAGUUCGACGCACCCUUCACCCUCACCUGGUUUGCCACCAACUGGAACUUUUUGUUCUUCCCGUUGUACUACGCGGGGCACGUCUGCAAGUCCACCGAGAAGCAGUCUGUGAAGCAGAGAUACAGGGAAUGCUGUCGAUUUUUUGGAGACAAUGGCUUGACUUUGAAGGUGUUUUUUACCAAGGCAGCCCCUUUUGGUGUUCUUUGGACACUCACAAACUACCUGUACUUACAUGCAAUAAAGAAAAUAAACACUACGGAUGUGUCGGUGUUGUUCUGCUGCAACAAAGCUUUUGUGUUCUUGCUCUCAUGGAUCGUUCUCAGGGACAGGUUCAUGGGAGUGAGGAUUGUGGCUGCCAUCCUGGCCAUUGCCGGCAUUGUGAUGAUGACCUAUGCUGACGGAUUCCACAGCCACUCUGUCAUCGGCAUAGCCCUGGUGGUGGGCUCUGCGUCCAUGUCGGCCCUCUACAAGGUUCUGUUCAAGCUCCUGCUAGGCAGUGCCAAGUUCGGGGAAGCCGCCUUGUUCCUGUCCAUUCUGGGUGUGUUUAACAUCAUCUUCAUCACCUGCAUCCCCAUCCUGCUCUACUUCACCAAGGUGGAAUACUGGAGCUCCUUUGACGACAUUCCAUGGGGAAACCUUUGUGGAUUUUCAGUCCUCUUAUUGACAUUCAAUAUUGUAUUAAAUUUUGGAAUUGCCGUGACGUAUCCCACUCUGAUGUCUCUUGGAAUUGUCCUCAGUGUACCUGUAAACGCAGUGGUUGAUCACUACACCAGUCAGAUUGUCUUCAACGGGGUCCGGGUCAUCGCCAUCAUCAUCAUCGGCCUGGGCUUCCUCCUGCUGCUCCUGCCGGAGGAAUGGGACGUCUGGUUGAUCAAGCUGCUCACCCACCUCAAAGUGAGGAAGAAGGAGGAGACAGUGGAGGGCGGGGCUGACCUGGGCUCAGGACCCCAGAACAGGAGCAGGAGAGCUCGCCCUUCCUUUGCACGCUAGGGCCUCUCUUCUGGGACUCUGGGGCUGCCCCCACGGUGAUGAUUUGGAAGCCUGUCCCUGACAGGAGGAGCCUCGGUUGGGUAAGGUGUACAUACCUGUACAGUUUUGGUAACUGCGGUAAGUCCUACGGUAUUUAUUGGCAUGUCCAAUUUGCUUGCACUUUUCCACAUCAGACCUUCACUCAAGGGCACCGAUUCAAUAAGGAAGAGAAGGAACCUCAGCGCUUUCCCAAUGAAUGUAAAGUGGGUCACCAUGAGCCUUGUAUUGAUUGUUUCUGACAACAGGUGUGCUUAACAAGCCAGGGCAAAUGUUUCGAAUCUUAGCAACUGAAAAUGACAUUGUACACUGUGAUUAUUUUUCAGCUAUAGUAGGUCAUAUUUUGUUUUAUACCAGAGCUGUACUCUUAAUUUUAAGGAAUUUCAAUGAACCAAAAGACAACUAUCAGUUAAUCUGGAAGAUGAGUGGAUGGGUAGCUGGGUGGACGGAUGGACAGAAGGGUGAAUGGGUAGAGGGUUGAUUACGUGGAUGGGUGAAUGGGUAGAUGGGUGAGUGGAUGGGUGGCAGGAUGGGUAGAUGGGACAAUGGCAUCGGAAGAAGUGAAGCAGAAAAGGAUAAUGGACAUGACAACCAUCAGAGGACAGGUCUGUACCAGGUCACGAAGGGGAAAGGGAAGCCCAGCCCUUGCUGGCCUGCUCUCUCGUGUCUUCAUAGAUCAUGCAGGAGGAUUUACAGUGCCUUCUACAGAAUUUUUGUCUUUACCUUUGUGACCCAAGGUGACAUUCUAAGUCACUGGCGCCGUCUUAUAAUUUAGAUGUAAAAUCUUUAGAAAAAAAAAAAAAACUAUAUGUGUGUGUUCCAAAAAAAUGACAAAGCUGGUGACCAAUGUCCGUGGAGCCUGGUUGGAGGGGCACAACGUGCGUGUUAAGGUAGACCAUGUGGAAAGAGAGCCGCCGGUGGCUUUUACUUCCAGACCAGACUGAAAACUUAUUUACUGAAUCUGCAAACCUUUUUAUGAAAUUUUAAGCACCAGGCUGUUUACUUACACAACUUAGGUCUGCCAGACAAUUCUAUCUGUGAUAGAUUUGUAAAGAGGGAUGGGGGUUAGAGUUUACUAUUUUUGAAGUUUACAUUGUUAUCUAUGAAAUGGAAGCAUUAUUUUGAAACGUUGUCAUAACUCAAUGGUGCAUUCUGUAACCAUGGAGUCUUUUGUUUCCGGGGGGAAGGGGCAUUCAUGACCUGAACUUUUUAGCAAAUUAUUAUUCUCAGUUUCCAUUACCCGUUUGGCCAAACAGAUUAAUAAAAUAUUUGAAAAAGAAGUGCUAAGUGUGGUCUUAGUGCCCACAUUGUCACUUGCCACUACAAAGGUCCCACGUAGGCCUGGAGCUCAGGCUGUCCCACAACUAACUGUCCCUUGCCUUCCGGCACUAGCAAGGCAGGUGGGCUGCCUGGGAGAAGGGGACUCUUCCUGUGAAGAUAGAACUGGUAAUGGUGAAAAUGACAUGCAGAACUGUCCUGGCCCCAGAAGCCCUCAUCCUGAGGCAGCCUGCCCCUCUCCCUCCCUCCUGCUUCUUCUCCCCCAGGCUCUGUCUGCUCAGCUCUGCUGCCGGCCCCCAGUCCUUCUGUUCCUUUGCAGGUGGUUACCCACUGAGCUCACACUGGGUUCUCCUUGUGCCCCCAGGCAGCAUCCUGGCCCCUAAGUUCACACAGUCUUCUCUCUGGACUCCCCCUGCUCACCUGCCUCAUGUCCUGACCUAAUUCUGGCUUCACAGAGAAGUUGAUUUGCCCAUGUCUGUAACGUUCCACACUGUUCCAGGUGGCUGUGGCCCAGGCUGUGAGAUCCAGUGCAUCUCAUGGAGGGCUGUAGAGGGUCAGGUUCCCAAGAUGGGUGUCGGGGGAGAGCCCUAAAGUGCACCUCAGCUGUCACCCCUCCUGGAGAUUCUGCAUGAUAGGUACCAGUGGCAGUGUGGGCUCUGAAACUGGGGCAGCUGGCUGCCCAGAGGGCCCCCACCCAGUGUGUCCGGGUGCGUGAAGGCAGAGGCUGGGCAUCAGAAUCCUGGUUCAGACACCUCCAUCACCACCAUUUAACCCAGCCAGACGAACAUUCCCUCUGAGGCCAUAUCAUGAAAGUCUGGGAAGCCCUUCCCUAUAGUUACCUUCUUCUCCUAACUGGCAUAAAGGCCUCUGAAGAUCCAAGAGUACUGACACUAGGACUCCACAAGGUACCUGCACCCUGUGUUCACGGCAACAUCAUUCACAAUAGCCAAAGGGCGGAAGCAGCCAGGUGUACCCAGAUGGAUAGACAGACAGACAGAUGUGUGUGCAUACAAUGGAACACUCUUCAGCCUUCAAAGCAGGGAAGUUCUGACACGUGCUCUAGCAUGGUUGGCCCUUGAGGUCAUUACGCCAGGUGAAAAUGAGCCAGGCAAAACGGCAAGUGCUUGCGACUCUGCUCAGGAGGGACCUAGAGUCCCAAAUUCAUAGAGAUGUUGCCAGGGGCUGAAUGAAGGAGGGAGAGGAGUCAGUGUUUAAGGGGGAAAGAGUUGUAUUGAUAAGAGAAAGUUCUAGAGAUGAUGGUGGUAACAGUCACAUACGACAUCAAUUGCUUAGACCUGUGUGCUUUAAAAGGCUCAUUAUGUGUAUGUUAGGCCAGAGUAGAAAGGAUGUGGUGUUCGAAAUAAAGGUGAAAAUUCUGUGCCCCUUUCAGGACAUUAGAAACCUGAGUUGGGCAUGGCAUGGGUUGAGAGAUUAUUUUGCAGAAAGUAUAUGACUACCCCCACCCACCCCCAUACCCCAGAGACAGACAGCACUAGCCCUUGAGCACUGAGGGGUGCUGCAACAAACCUCGAAUGGACCCCUAAAUACAAAGUCCAGGAAAGGUGUUCCGGCAGGCGGUUCUGGGCCACAGGGUGCUCCUGCCCGGCCCAGGAACAUCCGCCCUCUGGAGACCUAUCUAGGCAGCAAUCAGCGCCCUUUCCCUGUGAUCCAGAGAAGAGCCUUCGUGAAGCUGGUGGAGGCAGGAAGCUCUCAGCAGCCCCCAGCUCUCCCCUUUCUUUCAGAACCUGAAGCCAUUAUGUGACUUCAGACUGCCCUGCCACUGAGCCAGAGCUGUCUGAGAACACGAGCUGCACGGCCACUGAGCUCCUGCAACCUGGCCAGGUGGCCGUGGCCCUGAGGCAUCAUCCUGGACCCUGGGAGCACCACAGGAAGCCUGCGGACUGUUCUGAGGGCCCUGCCUGGCAUCCUCCUUCCACAGAGGUCAGCAGGGCCAUUCCUGUUCCAAAUAGUUCCUGAGACUCACCAAGUCCCAGAGAGCCUUGCAGCAAUUACCUUUUGUUUAAAGACAGCGAGACGCCAUUUCUAUUGCUUCUAAGACCCCUGAACGGUGACGAGUGCCAGGAUACGGGUGUUCAAGGACCGAGGGGACUUGGGCUAACUUGGCCUGGCUUGUUCUUACUUCCUGGUAGACACCCUAUUUGCAGCUGAAGUGCUUUAACCUGGCCAUAUUUCUAGUCUGCUUUGAAGAAUGGACAAGAAUGAUUUCUAAGAAAUGCAUCAGGGACAGAGAAAGACUUUCAUGAGUUCUUCACAGUGUUUACAAUAUUUUAAACAAAAUUUUAAAAUAAUACCGUUAUAUAUUUUUUUAAAUCAACAUUGCAAAAUUCUUGAAAAAUCCUUUUUGUGAGUUAAAAAGUGGUAAAUUUCAGCUCGGAUAAGUUGGCUUCAUAUUAUGGAGAACUUUGGAGUUACUAGAAUCCCAGGACUUGAGAUUUUAUGUAACUAUAGCUUAAUGGACUGAGAGUUCUAGUUGAGGGAAGCCUUUGGCCCUGGUUCUCUUAUUUUAAAAUAAUUCCUCCUUCCUAAAGAGACUAGAGAUGCCUAUGGUUACUGUGGUGGCACUGGUGGCAGUGGCGGCAGGCACAACAGGUGCGUGGGGACACUACAUUGAAGAGGACAGGAAAGUUCUUAGGCACGCUCUCUGGAGGUAGCAGGAAGGCGGGGCAGGUUUGCCUUCAUACCUGCUGCUAGGUUUGGGGUCUGGCAUGUCCCCAAGGCCCAGGUAUUAAGGACUCAGAACCCAGCCAGGAGCUGUUGAGAGGUAGUGGAACCUUUAAAAGGUGGGGCCUCAUGGGAGGCCUGCAGGCCAUGGGGUGUGCCCUGAGGGGAUUGUAGGGCCCCAGCCCCCUUCUCCUUUCUUUUGCAUCAGCCAUGAGGUGAAUGUGCUUCCUCUGCCAUAUACUCCUGUCAUGACAUGCCACCCCAGGCCCAAAAGCAUCAGGGCCAACCAAUCAUGAACUGAAACCUCCAAAACUAUGAGCCCAAAUAAACCUUUUUUCCUCAUAAUUUGGUUAUCUCAGAUGUUUGUUGCAGUAACAGAAAGCUGACCAGCACCUGCCUGGCUUUUCGCCGGCUGCUCCACUCCACCGUAAAGCACACAAGAGAAGAGGCUCUUGCAAAGGGCCAGCCUGGAGGGACUUACUCCAGAAGGAGCCCGCAAGAUGCCCCAUGUUCAUUCCUCACUGAUCACCCGAGCCUUUCACCUUGUUAGGAAUCUGUGUCAGUUCUCUUAUUGUCUAAUUUUUUGAGUUCUUUGUAUACUCUGGAUAUUAGGGCUCUAUCUGAAGUGUGAGGAGUAAAGAUUUGUUCCCAGGGUGUAGGCUCCCUAUUUACCUCUCUUAUUGUUUCUUUUGCUGAGAAAAAACUUUUUAGUUUGAGUAAGUCCCAUUUGUUGAUUCUAGUUAUUAAUUUUUGUGCUAUGGGUGUCCUAUUGAGGAAUUUGGAGCCAGACCCCACAAUAUGUAGAUCGUAGCCAACUUUUUCUUCUAUCAGACGGCGCGUCUCUGAUUUGAUAUCAAGCUCCUUGAUCCAUUUUGAAUUCACUUUUGUGCAUGGCGAGAGAAAGGGAUUCAGUUUCAUUUUGUUGCAUAUGGAUUUCCAGUUUUCCCAGCACCAUUUGUUGAAGAUGCUAUCCUUCCUCCAUUGCAUGCUUUUAGCCCCUUUAUCAAAUAUAAGAUAGUUGUAGUUUUGUGGAUUGGUUUCUGUGUCCUCUA